UUUAUUUGUAUUAAUUAAAGAAAAUGAUUCUUUUUACAAUUAAUAUAACGCAUAAUUCAUCAUACUCACUCAUACGUCACAUUCGUAAUACUCAUUGAAUGGAUCAUUUUUCUAAUAAAACACAACACAUGUUAAUUGAUUAUUAGGGAACAUACUAUUGCUUCUAAAUCAUCGAAUGAUUUGACAAGCAUUCGCUGUCAAAUCAAUAGAAAAAAAUGUUCAGGCAACUCAUACUUUUGUAACGAUCUGUUAAGUGGUAUCAUUGUACAUUAGUAUAACGAGUUAGAGAAAACUUUAUAACUACAUGAUAUUUUCAAAUCGAUUGCAUAAAUGACGAAUAUGAGUUUAGAAGGGAACACAAAGAGUACCCGUUAAAAAAUCGCAUGAGAUAUCGUAUAAAGUAUCACUCGUUAGAAGUAAUAUUCUGUUAUAAUGCAUAAUCUGCAUAAAUGACGAAUAUGAGCUUAGAAGGGAACACAAAGUGUACCCUUAAAAAAUCGCAUGAGAUAUCGUAUAAAGUAUCACUCGUUAGAUGUAAUAUUCUGUUACGAUAUCCAAAGCAUUGACCUCACGCAUUAGAUCGCUUAUUUUAUAUUUUUCUCAAUGAUGACAGAUCAACUUGCUACGUAUCGUCAAUAUGCGUUCUUUAUCAAACGUUUACUUUUUUAUUCUGGUUUAUGGCCUGUAAAAAAUAAAAAGAAUUCAUAUUUCUAUCGACAUUUACCUAUUUUAGCGAUAGUCUCUGCUGCUAUUUUGUUUUAUGGUUGUGUGAGAUUUUGUAGAGAUAAUCUUGAUGAUGUUAAAACAUUCACAAAAGGAACUACUCCUUUAGGAAGUAUGGUUGUAGUAAUUAUUAAGGUACUAAUGUUCUUUUUGUAUCAAGAAGAAAUACGGGAAUUGCAUUUGAAUUUGGAAUCAAAUUUCGAAGAGAUAAUUGAAAAAACAUAUUGUCGACCAGUCCUAUUUGGAAUGCUCAAUCUUUUCAAACGUCCUGCAUACAUUUUUUAUUAUUUAACAAUUUUAACAAUAAUCAUGCUUACAUUUACGCCUUUUUUAUUGAUCGUUUAUGAAGCUAUCAUGAACAUAAAUCCAAGACAUUACGUUCUUCCCUAUCCUGCAACUUUUCCAUGGAUCGAUGGGAGUUUCGGUAUAAAAUACGAAUUACAGUAUCUUUAUGAAAUUCAAGUGAGUUGGUUCGUAAUAUUUGUAACUAGUGGAGUUGAUACGGCUUAUGGAUUCUAUAUAUUUCAAAUGGUCGGAAUAUUACGUGUUAUGUCAUUGGAAUGUGAAAAGAUUGGAAAAUCAUCCGACGAGCUUGAUAUUAUUUUAUUACAUAAUUGUAUCAAAAAACAAAUUUUACUGUUACGUUGUCGAGACAUAAUCCAAAAUGUUUACGGACCUGUGGUAUUAAACUUGAUUGUCAGCAGUGUUGUUGUUUUAUGUGGGUUAAUAUUCCAAGUAUUACAGACAGAGAUAAGCGUAGGAAAAGCUGUCGUGGCCAUUUUUUAUGGGAUAGUGAAAAUGUCUCAAGCAUUCAUGUAUUCUUGGUACGGAAGUAUCUUGGUUACCGAGAGUGAAGCGUUUAAACGCAAUCUUUAUUGCAGCAAAUGGUACCAAUAUCGAAACAUUCAACUGAUGAAAAGUGUUCUUUUAAUAUUGGCACAGAAACCGAUUAUAUUAACUGCAUGUCAUUUUUUUUAUAUCUCAAUGGAUCUUUUCGUUAAGAUAUUGAAUACAUCCUUGUCAUAUUAUUUUUUGUUGCGAACUUUCGAUGAAACUAAUGAUAAAAAUUCAGUUGUUUCAUAA